AGCCCUUCGCAGCCGCACAGUCCGUCGCGAAAUAUUCGCGCAGUAGCUCUCUCGCGUCCGUCCGCCUGCUCUCGCCGCUGCAGCAGCAGGCAGUAUAUAUAGUACUUCUAUCUCGGCGCGUCUCUCGGAAAUUUCGCGCGCCAGCACCGCGAUAUAUAAUACGGUCGGCCAGUUGUACGUCUCGUACAGUGCAAAGUAUGCGCGAAUUAUUAUUCGAAGCGCCGAGCGGAAGUGCGCAGAGGGCGCGCUCGCGAAUGUAGAUAGCCGCUGCAGUAGGUAUAGCUAGAUAGUAGGAGUAGGCAUAUAGGUAUUAUAUUCCCGUGUGCUGCGCUGCCGCUCUGUGUGCUGUCGUUGUGUAUAUUUGCGGGUGCGAGCUAUACUCUCUUUCUCGCGCGCGCGGUGUGUCCAUCAGUCGCGCGAGUGGCCUGCAGCGCACCCACACGUUUGCGCGCGGCAUAUCCGACGGUACGUGCAUAUAAACACGUCAGCCCUUUGUUGCAGCGCGCAGUACUCUCAGCGCCGGUCGCGUUAUAAACAAAACAGAGAGAACUUUUCGCGCCGCAGUUGUAGGAGUCGACGGUGGGGGGCGAAGGAGGAAGAGCACAGCGGUGGCGAAGGAGGAGUAGGAGGAGGAGGAGGACACACACAUCGGGCUUUUUUCGCGCGCGCGGCGCCUGAUUCCCGCAUCGUCGCGCGGCAAGCUAGCGGAGAGAAAGCAGCAGCAGCGCAGCAGCAAAAGGGCGAGAGCGAGCGAGAGAUUACAAAGGGUCCGAGCCGUAGGCAGCAGCAGCAGCAGCAGCAGCAGCGACGGACGGGAGAGAAACGGAGAGAGAGAGAGAGAGAGAGUAUAGCAGCGAGCGCGUCGACCCUUGACGGAGGGAGGGAGAGAGAGAGAGAGAGAGAGAGCGAGCGUGUGCGAGAGACAAGUGCGCCUUAACUCUGGAUUCGCAAGGGCAGCAGAUCUUCGGUGGCGACAAAAUGUCGUGCACCUACGCUGACGGUCUGUCGCCGUACGAGGACAAAGGCGUCUUGGGCCUCGAAGAGAAAUUUGACACGGAUGAGACACUGAGACUCAAGUGCGAGCUACUGGCAGACUGGAUCAAAGGGGCUCGACAUGUAGUUGUUCACACUGGUGCUGGAAUCAGCACCUCAGCUGGGAUUCCUGAUUUUCGCGGCCCAAAUGGAGUGUGGACCUUGGAACAGAAGGGUUUAAAGCCUGAUUCAAGUACAUCGUUCGAUGAGGCAAUUCCUACAAAAACACAUAUGGCCCUAAAGAAGCUGAUUGAUACUAACAAAGUCAAAUUUAUUAUAAGUCAAAACAUAGAUGGUCUACAUCUUCGUUCAGGAGUCCCAAGACAAUAUUUGGCAGAAUUGCACGGAAAUAUGUUUGUGGAGCAGUGUGAUAAAUGUGGAAGGCAAUUUAUUAGAAAUUUCGCUACCAAAAGUGUUGGUAAGAAGUGUUUAGAAACUGUCUGCAGAUCUGAACAAAUUGGUGGUAGGCCUUGCAGAGGAAAAAUGCACGAUACUAUUCUAGAUUGGGAACACAAUUUACCGGACAAUGAUCUGGCAUUGGCUGAUCUUCAUUCAAGUGUUGCUGAUCUGAGUGUGUGUUUAGGGACAACACUACAAAUUAUUCCAAGUGGAAAUUUGCCUCUUUACACAAAAAAAUACGGUGGACGUUUAGUUAUAUGUAAUCUUCAACCAACUAAACAUGAUAAGAAAGCAGAUUUGAUCAUCAAUGGUAAACUGGAUGAUGUUAUUGAGAGUGUCAUGAAAAAAUUGGGAUUAGAGAUUCCAGAGUAUGAAAGCUCGCUAGAUCCUACGCGAAACACUGACAUAAACUCGCGUGAGAUGGAUUGGACGAUACCUACUAGUAGAAUCAAAGAAAUGAAAAUAUUGUACAAAAAGGUUUGUACGCCGGUUAAACGAAAGCGCAGGGCCACGUUCAUGUAUGAACGUGAACAAAUAACAACAAAGUACACGCCUAAACGCAAGGAAAAGAAACAAGAAUUCACAGUGAAGAAGGAAGAAAUUGAUCAUGGUUCUACCUUCAGUAACGCUACCUUCAGCAACUUGAACAACGAAGAAAGCAACGCAAGUAAAGUACCAAAAGUGGAGCCAUUGAACGACGAUUCCAACGAGGCUACAACGUGCAUAGAUGCUCCAACUGAGGAAAGUAACGUUACGUAGUAAAAUAUUGAAUAAAGAGAAAAAAAUAUAUAUGAUGAUUAUUACAUUAUAUUUCUUAAACGCAACAAAAAAUUAGUUUACAUGUGCGUAAUAUGUCGUUGUAAUCGUGCACAAAAAAAAAAUUUUAAGCGUAAAAAGAUGUAAAUGUUUAUUCGAAAAAAAGAUAAUGCGAUUAAUAAUGACUAUAUGCUUUUAAUUAAAAAAUACAUUAAAAAUUUAUUUUUAUUAUCUAUUCUUUGCUUUCCAAAAAGUUGGUAAGUAAUCAAAUUUACUCCUGUACCAUGCUAAUGGCAUAUUUAUGUGUUUCUAUGGAAACCAUACUGUUGUUUCUUACUUCAUUUCUCGUCGAAGCAACUGUAAACAUAGUUGAAAAGUUUAACCUACCUUGUAGGUGAUAGUAAUAAUAACAAUUAUAAACAUAAAAUGUCAGUAGAAAGUUUAAAUCAUUGCUCCAAAUUAACAUAUCCUAUUGUAAAGCACGAUGAGACAAAUAUUAAGUUAGAUGAUAAUACGUGUGAUUUGACAAAAUGGAAUACUGAAACACAAGAAAAUUUUGUAUUACCCAGAGUUGAAGAUAAAAAAAUCGGUAAUUGUUUAAAAAGAUUAUUGUACAUGUAAAAUAUUCUGAUGAUUGAAAAUAUAAUUGUAACAGGCAAAAGAAGAGAAUUGUUAAUGAAAUAUUUUAGAAUACGUGCUUCUAAAGCUGCAUUAGAAGAAAUUAUUGGUGAUCCACCUUUACCUGAAUCAUCUUGUUUAACUGAAUAUAUAGACAACUUUUGCGACAACGACUUUACUCCGUUAAUGGAACAUUCUGAAUUCGAUAUUCAGGUACACCUUACUUAUUAUUAAAUUCAAUUUUUUCAAAGCCAUAAAUUAAUAGCUAUUUUUCAACAGAAACUUAUGAAAAAUCCUUUGUAUUGUGGAAAUGUACAAACAUAUUACAAAGAACAAUUUGAUAAAGGUAAUUUAAAGGCUACUGCCGAAUUUCGAAAUAAAAAACGACCUUUUGUCAGAAGAUCACUUUUUACAACACCACCUGAACUUGCAUUGGAAGAACCUUUGGAUGGAUUUUAAGACAAUUUUUUGGCUUUUUAAGAGUAUUUAUUAAUUGUCAUCAAAAGAAAUAUGAUAUACAGAAAAUAGUAUAUACAUAUGCACAUGAAAACUUGAAUAUAUCGCGCAAAUUCAAGAAAUUUCGCUUUCCGUUCUUGAGUGGUUUCGCAACAGCUAUUUUAUUUAAACGAUAAAUCAUUUACUUUUUGGAUUAAAGAAUGUGGAUUGAUAAUAUACAAUACAAAUAAAAAUCUGCUUCAUGUUUUAAAAUUUGCUAUCCAAAGCAAAAAUCUUCCAAACAUUUCGUAAUUAGUUUUUUCAAAAUUCCUAGUUCGAAUCUUGUACUAAUAUACUAUAUAUAAUCCUUAUUCAAUGCUUUUAAUUGAAUGUCAGAAGCAAGUCCUUAACCAACGUUUGAUGAUCAGUCAUGAAAUUAAAGAUGAUGUCGAAUACGAAAUUAAGAUUAAAUAAUCACGCACGAAGGGAUACAAACUGAUGGAAAACGUCUAAAAUGUGCGAAUCAAGAUCUGGCGUGAACAGUAAUGUUUCUAAUGUCGAGGAAUACUUCUGUACUUGUUCGUGAUGCUACAAAAAUAAUAAUAAAUAAUUAAUAUAUAAAUAAUGUUUUUAAAAAUAUAAUAAGAAAUUCAAAUGUUUAUCUAUGCUUACUGUAAGGAAAACUUGUUGAAGCCUUCCGAUCGUCCAUUUAUACCAAUGUGUGUUGUAGUCAAUGCCAUCUGUAUCGCAUUUUACCAAAUGUUCGGAAAGAAUCAUUAUAAAACGCUAAACAAAUAUAUUAAUAAAUCAGUCUUUAUAAAUUC